AUGGUUGAGGGACUGAAUACAACUGUAGAAAUAUUCGCUACACAUUCAACAAAUUUCGAUGUCCGUCAACAACCCGAAAAACCCGUAAAUCUGGCAAAAUGCCUCAUUCAAAACUGCAACUGGAACUUGAAAAAAGAAGAAAUCCUCUUCAUAAUUGGCCAAAAAAAAGUCGAAGCGACUGAAAUCGAAAUCAACGAAGAGUCAAAUUUGUGCACUGGAAUUUUAAAUUUCGCUCCGAUUGCAGAAGAUGAUGAAAAAUGGAUCAGCUGCGAAGUGAAUAAAAAUAACGAAGAAUUGUUGAAGAGCAAUAAUUGCUUUAAUUUGGAUGUCAAACACACUGCUAGGUCGAUUAACCUUGAACUGUCGAAUGUAAUGAAGAGUGGAAACGCGACACUCGUCCUGGCGGGCACUCGCCUAGGGGUGAAAUGUCUCACCGAUGGAAAUCCUCGGGAAAAGACGCAAGUCACGGUUAACGGAAAACGAAUGAAAGGAAGAUUUUACAACGUCAAAAAGGAAAAUUUGAUUGUUGAGUGCAGGUCGAAAUCACUAAGUACGUUGGAGCCUGUAAGAGUCAUUUACCUCAAUGAACCAAAAAUCACGAAAACAUCCGCCAACCAAACAACAUGCUCUGCUGAUGGCUACCCUUCUCCAAAAAUCACCUGGCUGAAACUUCCAGAAAUCGGUCAGCGAGUGUUCAAAAUGCGCUCGGAAUCAACAAGGACUCGAAAAUGGCUUCGAAAAUGGGAAUACGACAUGAUUUCAAACUCGUCGACUGCGUUUCUUCAGCAAGAUCAGAUUUAUAUCUGCAAUGUGGAAAAUGAAUAUUUGUCGAUGUCAAAAUUAUUUCGAGCGGAGAAAAAGGCUGAUUCUGCUCAAACAGAUUUGAUAAUUCAGCCUGAAAUUCGGCGACGAAAAGAAGCAUCAAAGCAAAGUCCCUGUUCAAACAGCAUUUGCAACAUUCAAAUGAAGAAGUCCAUGCUCGUCAGCUGUAGCAAGCCAUAUUAUGAAUCAUCAGAGUCUGACUCUCUUGAACUUGUGCUUGAUGGAUAUUUAUUGGAGCCAAAUGAAAACAGAAGGAGUUCGAAAGUCGUGGCAAAGAUGGAACUUCCGAUGAAAAAAGAAGGCGAAAGAAGAGCUUUUUUCCAGAACCGACUCGAAAAUCUUGCGCUCAUCGUUUAG